AUGGCAGAUAUGCAGCAAGAAAACGCAAAUGGUCCGACAAAUGGGGUCGAUGCCUACCAGGGCUCGGCGCAACCCCAUUCUUCCAUAUCGCGACCGUUCACGCUGCAAGAGUCCUUGUCGUUUUCCCCGCAGACCUCGACUGUCCCUUUUCUUCCCGAUAUUAUUCCAGACCCCAGCCUCGGAUCAGGCUCGCCUGCCUUGCGCAUCUCCGAUCUCUUCCCGCGAGAUGAAUAUGACAAAGUGAAUAGCGAAGCCACGACUCAUCCGCAAGGGUCGAGGAGCCUGAAGCAGACUGCCGACUACGUGCUGCAUGAUCUUAAGCCGUCGCAGAGAACCCACUACAAAUUUCCAGCGGUGCCUGCGGGCCUGUCCCACGCACCCCCCGGCAGCAGCUUGUCGCAAGGCCUGUCCCCGAUCACGAAGAGCGUUUACGAUAAAGUCGGGAGCUUCUUCAAAUCGACAAAAGCCAACACCGUGAGCCCCAAGCUUGUCAACGGCGAGACGUACCAACCUCCCAGACCGAGCAAGGAAUCCCCGUCACACGGCUCCACUACCUCGUCACAGGCACACGGGGCUCGUCCAGAACAGCGCGAGACGUAUAGGUCUCCAUCGGUUAGGAUAGAGGUGGCCAUCCCCUCUAGAAGGACCUUGGACCCGGCAUCAUAUGUCGACGUGGGCCUGGACCAGCCGCAGGAGCUAAAGACGGCACCCGCUCAGCAAGAGCUCACGAUCGAGGCCAAGGUCCCGGUCGAGGCUGAAGCCCUGCCCGAAACCAAAGUGUCGGUCGAAGCUCAGGCCACGAUUGAAGCCAAGGUCCCGACCUCGACAAGCCGCACGGCGACGCCCGCAGACCAAUCGCCCACGAGCGGCAAGAUUCCCGCAUUCAGUAUUGAGCUACCUGCGGCAAACAUCAAAAGGGAGGAGUAUAUCGAAGUUACCGAGUCGCUAGAUGCUCCGCAUAAUCUCUCAGUCCGGCGAAACGAGAACCAAGACUUCGCCCACGGCCAGGGCGUCACCGUCACGAGCCUCGACCAGCGCCAGAGGAGCGAGGCUGCGUUGGAAGCACUCGAAACGUUGCUUCGGACCGUUUUUACGGCUGUGGGAAACGCCUUGGCGAUGGAGCCUGGAGCUGAGCACAUUGUGGCUCUUACGACUGACCAGGAACCUGCCAUGACAUCCGCAACCCAACAGAAGAUGCAUGGCGCGAUUCAGAAAGUGAUUGGCCUGAAAUGCUUCAACAGCGUCCCUCUGGAGAAUCUAAUUAGCAUCAUGAAGCUGAGUGACUCGAGCCUGAAGCAAGUGGAUGACCUGGAGAUGCGUGUCGACGAAAGCUGGGACGAGGGCGCCCUGGAGUCCUGGAUACGACAACUAUCCGAACUUGAGACGGCGCUCAAAGCUGCACGCACAUGCUUGCGAAUACUUUCAGGCGGCCGUGAGGACAAGCAGAUCUACUCUGAGGCGACUAUCCAACGAUGCGUUGAUCUCUUCAAGGCUGUGACGGGAGAUCUGGUCAUUCCGCUGGUGGAGCUCCGAAACUCAGGGCCGACCGCGAGCCUCUUCAAGAUGGUCCAGAAACACAAAAAGGUCGUUUUGUCUGCUUUCGUCUGCUGCCAGAAGCUGUUUGCUUUGCUUGCCGAGCUGGUCACCAAAAUCGAGCUCUCGGAGUCUGUGAUCAACACACUCGAGUACACUGCGUCGAAACUCAUCUUCGUGGAAAACGCCUACUUCGAGAGGGACUCGGCGAUUGGUGUGCAGAAGUUUGAUGGCAUUCGAUCUGUCGCCAUGGACAUGCUGUGCCAGAUUUUCCUCAUCAAGCCGGAACAGAGGCAAGGUAUUAUCGACGACAUCCUGACCUCGCUUGAGAAACUUCCUGUGGGGAAGCAGAGCUCCAGACAGUUCAAGCUCUCCGAUAGUGGCAGCAUUCAGCCAGUUUCGGCGCUCAUCAUGCGCUUGGUUCAGGCAAGCUCUGGGAGAGUCAACAUUGACGACGAAAGCGGGCGGGCUGCCAUCCUCCGAAGCCUGGACGACGGCGAAACGGGAGAGGCAGAGGAACCACAGCCUUUGAAAAGAAAUCAGGCGUCAUCGACCAUCACAACAGAAGAGCAGGGCGCUCAGCAGCAUGCCGUGGCUGUCCAGGAAUUGGAAGCAAGUGCAGCGCCAUUGAACGAGGCGGCGAGUCGCAACGCAUCCUAUGUGAUUAACUUCAUCGUUAAGCGGGCCAUAGGCUCUACAAAGUCUGGAGACACGCCGUACAGAAAUCUCUUGGACCUCUUCGUCGAUGACUUCACCACGUGCCUCGACUCACCCGACUGGCCGUCGGCCGAGCUUCUGCUGCGGCUCCUGAUGUUCAUGAUGGUACAGCUGUUCGAGGCGGGCAAGACUGCUGCGCCGGCGAAGAACAUGGCGCUGGAAUUGCUGGGAGCUAUGAGCGCCGCGAUUUCACGCCUCCGAUCGCACGUCAAGAGGACCGCGAGUUCUUUUGAAGGCAGUGACGCGGGCGAAUUGUCGCAGUAUCUUUCCGACCUGGCGACCCACGUCCUCGAACAGAAGAGCCAGGUCGAGCACGUCCUUGCCUGGUCAGGACCCUACCGGGUUGCGUUGGAAUACUUGCAGAGGCGUUGCUCCGAGGACGCCCAUCUAGCCAGUGUGGUCUCGCAUCUCAUCACAGACUGGGGGAGCAAGAUUCAUGCCGGCUACGACUCUCUUCAAGAGGACGACGGCGAACGCGACAUGGAGCUCGGGCGAUUGGCUUAUCGCCUGAGGAUGAUGAUUGAUGACCGCCAAUGGCUAUCCAACGAGUACACAUUCAAAGCAGUCACGGCAAGCCAAGCCAAGUUUGCCUACUCAAUCAUCCUGCUGCGAUCCCCUUUGUGCGAAGCAUUCACCAAGAUUGUCAACAUUCUGCUGGGGUCUAUGGCUAGCGACCAGGCAACUGUUCGAAGCAAAAGCCUGAAGAGCAUUAACCAGGUUCUGGAGACGGAUCCCUCGAUCUUGGAUGGCGAUUCGACCGUCAUUCAACUGAUUCUGGACUGCUCGAGCGACUCCUCAACGCAGGUGAGGGACUCGGCGCUCGGCUUACUGGGCAACUGCAUCGGGAUGCGACCCGGCCUUGAGUCGUCCCUGACGCCUAAAAUCAUCGAGAGGUUCCAGGACGCCGGUGUCGGGGUGAGGAAACGAGCCAUGAAGCUUGCUCGUGACAUCUACCUCCGCAACCGAAGCAAGGCGCUGCGGAGUGCCAUAGCAAAUGGGCUGCUUCGCCGCGUUCAGGACCCAGACGAAGGAGUGCGCGACCUCUCGAGGCAAAUGAUUGAGGAAGUUUGGUUCGCGCCCUUCUACUCCAACGAAAACACGGCAGCGUUCGAGACUUCGCUCACGGAACACGUGGCGCUCAUCAUCCAAACGGUCAAGACGGGGACUGUCACCGAGGUUCUCGACAAGGUGUUUCAGACGAUACUCAGGCCGCAGAACAGAUCUCUAGAAGGACCGUUUUCCGUUUGCUCACGGCUGGUCGGGACCAUGUUUGGGUCCAUUGAUAACCCCGACUCCGAGGAUACGACUGUUCCCUCCGGACGCGAUGCCUUGCAAGUCCUCACCAUCUUCGCCAAGGCCGACCCGAAACUGUUCAACUUGGAACAAAUUCGUCUUCUCAAGCCACAGCUGGCGAGCUUCACUGGCCGCGAUGAACUGGCUGCGUUUCGGGCAGUGACUGUCAUAUACAAAAGGGUGCUGCCACAGUUGCCGACGAUCCACUCAGAGUUCCUCGCCGAGGUUCGCCUCCAACUUCUCAAAGGGAUCGGGAAAAUCUCGUCGCGCGGCGCCUUGGACGACUUGAUUGCCUGCGCGCAAGCCGUUUGCGAGUUGCUCAAAGACUUCGCCCCUCUGGCAAAUCUCGUCGCGUCGAGUCUGAUGGGCAUUCAAAAGCUGGGCAAGGGGCCGCUGGACAACAAAAGACUCAACCAUCUCUGCGCCUACGCGAUCAUUGUGGGAAGUGUCGGCAAGCACUGUGACCUAGAUCAGCAGCUGCAAAUCUUCAGGGACAAGUUUCCUCGUUGGCAGGGAGACUCGGUUCCUCGUUUGAUAGUUGACACCCUUUCGCCGUUCUCCUCUGCACCCCAGUCCCUGGAGGCUCGAAAGGCAGCCAUCGAAGCAAUAGGACUGGUCUGCCAGUCGUGGCCACGCAACUACGUCCUGGCCAAGGUCUACACGGCCUUUCAGCAGGUGUUUCAGGACCGGGUGCCGAUCCUGGAGACGCUGAUCCUCCGGUCGUUCAAGGAAUUCCUUGUGACGGAAGAGAAGCGGUCCGAGGCUGGAGUCGAGGCUGGGUCUGGAGACAAGAAAAAGGAGCUGACGGUUAUGGGCGGGACCAACUUUGACGACGUUGCAAGCGCCACGACCCAGCGGUUCAUGAAGGACUUUACACGGAUUGCGCUGGGGAGCCAGGACGAACAUGCGUUUUUGGCCAUGGAGGUUCUGGGCAGCAUCAACCGCCAAGGCCUGACCCAUCCCAAGGAGACGGGCGUGACCCUGAUCACGCUGGAGACGUCGGCCAACCGAAAGAUUGCAGAGCUCGCCUACAUGGAGCACCGCGCGCUUCACGAAAAGCACGAGACAGUCCUGGAGAGAGAGUACGUCAAGGCGGUGCAGUCGGCAUAUGCGUACCAGCGAGACGUGGUCAAGGAUGAACACGGCGCCACCGUGGACCCGUUCCAAUCGAAGCUGCAUCUGCUGAUGGAAGUGCUCAAGAUUAGCAAGAUGAAGAGCAGACAACGCUUCCUGGAAAAGCUGUGCGGGCAAGUGGACUUUGACCUGAGCAAGCUGGAUGUGGCAGGCGAGGUGCCACAUCACGUUGGCUUCACUAGGUUCAUUGUUGAGAACGUAGCCUUUUUCGACUACCAAACGGUGGGCGAGGUGCAAAGCGCAGUGAACACGAUGGAGAAGAUUGUGGCCAGCACGGGGGCGACGGUUGCGCAGGCCAUCGAGUCGGAAGUCUUCAACGUGCGGAUGGACAUUGACGAACUGCCUCCGAGUGAGGGACCCCCGGCCGAAGGGCAGACCGUGGAAUGCAAGGGCGCCGGGCUAGAGUUCGCGGUGGAGCCCCGACGACUGCGCCAACUGGCGGCGGCAUCGAUGGUUUUGCUAUUGGUCUGGGAGGCGCGGACGCAUAUCCGAAAGCUGUACGGCAUGGGAACGAGCCGGCAUGACAGCAAGGCCAAGGCGCUGGCAAAGGACCUGAACAAGACGCCGACAAAGGUGCAAGGCGUUCACGGGGACAAGAUCUGGGAAGAAGUGGCGGCGCACGUGAAGGGACUGCAGAGUGAAGAGGAAAUGGCGCGCAAGUGCAGAGAGUUUGUGGAGCUGAUGAGCGUGGACAAGGAGUUCAAGGUGGCGGACGAAGACGAGGGAAUGGGCGUGGACGGGCCGGCGACACCGAGCGAGGCCGGGGACGAGGGAGAAGGACCAGAUCGGGGCAGGAAGCGCAAAGGAGGGGCGACGCCGGGCGGACGCAAGAAACGGGCGCGAUCCAGCUCACAGCCGCGGAAACGAGGACGGCCGCGCAAGCAGAGCGUGGCGCCGAGCGAGGAGGCAGAACUGGACGGGGACUGGAUUUAG